AGAAAAGACUCAAGAAAGCAAAACAGGUUUACUUGGAGAGAACGAAGGCGAAGAAGAAUGGAGGCACCCAAGAACAUCGAGCACCAAAUCGGAGGGAUCCAGAACGACACGCUCCGUUAUGGUCUUAACAGCGUCAAGAGCAACCUCGUUGGCUCUCACCCAGUCGAAUCUGCUCACCAAUCGACGAAGAAGAUGCAAGAGGAGAUGGAGAGGAGAAUCUUGGCCAACACUUAUGGAACUGCGUUUCCCAUGAGGAUGGAUUUCGAAAGGCAAAUGCUUUCGCGAUUUCAGAGGCCUACUGGAGCAAUUCCUUCUUCAAUGCUGGGAUUGGAAUCUCUGACAGGAGACUUGGAUUAUUUCGGUCCUGAAGAUUACAUGAAUGAUCCCCGCGAAUCUGAGACUGCUCGGCCAUUAGACACUCAUCAUGCAAUGGAAGUUCGGAUUGGGCUUUCCAAGGGUCCGGUUGCCCCUAGUUUUUACUGAAAGAAGACGGAAUCCGGGAUUAGUAACAUUGUGCUCUUGUCAUUCGGAUUUAUACAACUAUGCUAAUGUUGCUUUUUAAAAUGAGCAAAUUCAGAAACCUGGUUUCUGAUAUGUGGUGUUACAUGUACUUUGUAGUCGUCUUGGAUAUCAUAUCAUCUAUCCAAUUACAUUUGUA